ACCUGGGUGCUAGGAAGAAAAUCAAGAUUGUCAAGAAGAUGGUAGGAGGGCCUCACCCAUGCCACAUGCUACUGAGAACUCAAGCAAAAUGAGGCCUGAGAAAUAAUCACUGGCUUUGGUGGUUGUCCAACAGAGAGAGGCAUGAGCUGGGCCCAAGCCAUCCUGCUGGCCCGGGGCCUGUCUCGGGGCUGGGGAGGCAUCUGUGGCGCUGCCCUCACAGGAGCCACCUUCUCUCAGCUGCCCCCCCAGAGCCCAAGGGGCCUCCACUGCAGCUCAGCCACCCACAACUCUGACUCAUCCCUGGUGCCACGCCCACCUGAGCCCCUGCGGAAACCCGCCAAGGCCCUGGCACCCCACGAGGAGCUGUUUAGGCAGGCGCCGGAUGGGGCCCGGGACAAGGCCAGCUUUGUGCGGGCCGUGCAGAACUUCGGGCAGCACAAUGUGCACAAACGGGGCCACGUGGACUUCAUCUACCUGGCGCUGCGCAAGAUGAAGGAGUAUGGCGUGGAGCGGGACCUGGCCGUCUACAACAUGCUGCUCGACAUCUUCCCCAAGGAGGUCUUCCGACCUCGCAGCGUCUUCCAGAAAAUCUUCAUCCACUACCCCCGGCAGCAGGAGUGUGGGAUUGCUGUCCUGGAGCAGAUGGAGAACCACGGGCUGAUGCCCAACAAGGAGACGGAGUUCCUGCUGAUUCAGAUAUUUGGGCGCAAAAGCUAUCCCAUGCUCAAGUUCGUGCGAAUGCAGCUGUGGUUCUCCCGUUUCAAGAACAUCAACCCCUUCCCGGUGCCCCGGGACCUGCCCCAGGAUCCUGUGGACCUGGCCAGGUUGGGCCUGCGGCACAUGGAGCCUGAUCUCAGCGCCAGGGUCACCGUCUACCAGGGGCUGGGGGCUGCAAGCUUCCACCCCUACUCUUCCUUGCAGAUGCCUUCAUCGAAAGACUCCAUAGGUACAGCGGAUCCCAUCGAGCCACACAUUGUAGGAAUCCAGAGUCCCGAUCAGCAGGCUGCCCUGGCCCGCCACAACCCAGCCCGGCCUAUCUUCGUCGAGGGCCCUUUCUCCCUGUGGCUCCGCAACAAAUGUGUUUAUUACCACAUCCUCAGAGCUGAUUUGCUGCCCCCUGAGGAGAGGGAAGUGGAGGAGAUUCCAGAGGAAUGGAACCUCUACUACCCGAUGCAGCUUGACUUGGACUAUGGGAGGAGCGGCUGGGAUGACUAUCAGUUUGAUAUUAAUGAAGUGGAGGAAGGCCCUAUCUUUGCCAUGUGCAUGGCUGGUGCCCAUGACCAGGCCACACUGGCCAAGUGGAUCCAGGGCCUUCAGGAGACCAACCCAGCCCUGGCCCAGAUCCCCGUGGUCUUCCGCUUGGCAGCAUCCACCGGGGAGCUCCUGGCAUCCUCAGGACUAGAAGAGCCAUCCCCACCACCACCCGAGGAGCAGGAAGAAGAGGAAGAUGAUCCACAACGACAGCGGCGGGGCCAGAGCUGAGCCUGAGCCGGCACAAGGGCACAGGCUUGGACUGCUGUAAAAGCAUGACCUUUGAAUAUACAGCAAAUAAAAGUU